CGCUGCCACGUCACAGCUGCCACGUCACGCCGCUCCGCGGUCUGACAACAGAAAACAUGGCGACGUCUGUCCGGGAGAAGCAGACAGUCGGGUUAAAGCGCAUGCUGAACUUCAACACUCCUCCUCUGAAGAACACGACGGCUGAGCCAGUAUGGAAGGUGUUGAUAUACGACCGGUUCGGCCAGGACAUAAUCUCCCCGCUGCUGUCUGUCAAAGAGCUGCGAGACAUGGGCGUCACCCUGCAUCUGCUCCUUCACUCAGACAGAGAUCCAAUUCCAGAUGUUCCAGCCAUCUACUUUCUCAUGCCCACAGAGGAAAACAUCGACAGGAUUUGUCAGGACCUGAGGAACCAAUUGUACGAAUCAUACUACCUGAACUUUAUCUCCGCCAUCAGCAGAAGCAAACUGGAGGACAUCGCCAGCGCUGCCCUGUCUGCUAAUGUGGUCACCCAAGUCACCAAGGUGUUUGAUCAGUACCUGAAUUUCAUCACUCUGGAAGACGACAUGUUCAUCCUCUGUCAUCAAAACAAAGAGCUCAUCUCGUACCACGCCAUCAACAGAGCAGACAUUAAGGACACAGACAUGGAGGCCAUCAUGGACACCAUAGUGGACAGCCUCUUCUGCUUCUUUGUUACUCUGGGCGCGGUGCCAAUCAUCCGCUGUCCUCGAGGAAAUGCUGCAGAGAUGGUCGCUGUGAAGCUGGAUAAGAAGCUCCGUGAGAACCUGCGUGACGCCAGAAACAGUCUGUUCACUGGAGACAGCAUGGCUGCUGGACAGUUCAGUUUCCAGAGGCCCCUGUUUGUUUUGGCGGAUCGUAACAUGGACAUGGCCACACCCCUGCACCACACCUGGACCUACCAGGCGCUGAUCCACGAUGUCCUGGACUUCCAUCUGAACAGGGUGGUGAUGGAGGGGGGUGGAGGAGCAGAGUCACCACCCACCGGCGCCAGACCAAAGAAGAAGAACAAAACCAUCUAUGACCUCACAGCUCCUGACAAGUUCUGGCAGAAACACAAGGGCAGUCCGUUUCCAGAGGUGGCAGAGUCCGUUCAGGAGGAGCUGGAUGCUUAUAGAGCCCAGGAGGACGAGGUCAAACGGCUCAAGAGCAUCAUGGGGUUAGAGGGGGAGGAUGAAGGAGCCAUCAGCAUGCUGUCAGACAACACAGCCAAGCUCACCUCCGCUGUCAGCUCUUUGCCUGAACUCCUGGAGAAGAAGAGGUUGAUUGAUCUCCACACCAACGUUGCCACCGCAGUACUCGACCACAUCAAGAACCGGAAACUCGAUGUUUACUUUGAGUAUGAAGAGAAACUGAUGAGCAAAUCGACAUUAGACAAAUCUCUGCUGGACAUCAUCAGUGACCCGGACGCUGGGACUCCAGAGGACAAAAUGAGGCUCUUCCUGAUCUUCUACAUCACUGCCCAGCAGGUUCCCUCGGAGUCUGACUUGGAGCAGUAUAAAAAGGCUUUGUUGGAUGCCGGCUGCGACCUUUCUCCUCUCACCUACAUCAAACAAUGGAAGGCAUUCACCAAGAUGGCUGCCACCCCAGCCAACUACAGCAACAGCGGAGUCAAGCACAAGGGGUUCCUCUCCAUAGUCAUGAAUACUGGUUCCCAGUUUGUCAUGGAGGGUGUGAAGAACCUGGUCCUGAAGCAACAUAAUCUUCCAGUCACUCGGAUCCUGGACAACCUGAUGGAGAUGAAGUCUCAUCCUGAAACAGACGACUAUCGAUACUUUGACCCAAAGAUGCUGCGAGGCAGUGAAAGCUCCAUUCCCCGAAACAAGAACCCGUUCCAGGAGGCCAUCGUGUUCGUAGUGGGAGGAGGAAACUACAUUGAGUAUCAGAACCUGGUGGACUAUGCCAAGUCCAAACAGGGGAGGAAGGUCGUCUACGGCUGCAGCGAACUCUUCAACGCCUCUCAGUUCCUCAAACAGCUCUCUCAGCUCAGCCAGAAGUGACGGAGCCUCGGCGGGACUCGGAUCGUCCCUCAUCUCUGAACUCUUGAUUCCAGCUUGUUUUAUAUUAAAUCUGUUCUGCUCCACUAAUCGUUAACCGUUCCACCUCCUCAGAGCUAAUAAACCCACAGUCUCCCCC